CCCGGCUCAGUGGGACCUCAGCAUCCCCAUGGAAAACCCUUAGGAAUCUGUGCACGGGGAGAAGAGGGAAUGCUGCUCUCCCAGCGCAGCUGAGCCAGGAAUGUGCCUUUUUUGGGGAUUUUUUGGCCGAGGCUGGCUUUGCCCUUCAGAGCCGUGUCCCAAAAUCUGAGCGGGCAGCAGCCGCCGAGAGCCGCCGCAGGGACAAAGGGAAUUCUGCCUUUGGCUGAGGGCAGGUGUUGGACACCAAGGCGGAGAUGUCGGAGCAAAACCGCUUCUGCCGCUCUCCCUUCGCCCCCUCUCCGUCCUCCCGCGCUCAUUAAGCUCAUCUGCAUCGCGCCUAAUGACGUUUGGAGAGAGGAGACCGCGGGGGUUCCAGCCCGCUUCCCCUGGGAUCCCUCCCGGCUCCCGGGGAUGGAGAGGAGGGAGCUGGGGGUUGCUGUUUUCCUCAGGGUGAGGAAGAUCAGGAGGAGGAACCAGCAUAACCCCCCCCUUCCCGUGGGCAGAAACCCCCCGGUGGCCACCAUGGAGCUGCCCAGCACCAAAGACUUCCAGUGGAAAUCGCUGGCGCCGCUGCCCAGCCGCAGGGUGUACUCCACGCUGGUGGAGGCGGCCGGGCAGGUCUUCGCCGUGGGCGGCUGCGACGACAACGGCGUCCCCGUGGACUCCUUCGAGGUCUACUCGCCCGAGGCUGACCAGUGGGCAGCACUGCCCCCCAUGCCCACGGCCAGGGCCGGCGUGGCCGUGACCACGCUGGGCAAGAGGAUCAUGGUGAUCGGCGGGGUGGGCACAAACCAGCUGCCGCUGAAGGUGGUGGAGAUGUACAACACGGACGAGGGACGCUGGAGGAAGCGCAGCUCGCUCCGGGAGGCCGCCAUGGGCAUCUCGGUGACGGCCAAAGACUACAGGGUGUACGCAGCAGGGGGGAUGGGCUCGGACCUGAGGCCCCACAACUUCCUGCAGCACUAUGACGUGCUCAAGGACAUCUGGGUGUCCCUGGCUGCCAUGCCCACGCCCCGCUACGCGGCCACGUCCGUCCUGAGGGGCAGCAAGAUCUACGUGCUGGGGGGAAGGCAAUCCAAGUACGCCGUCAAUGCCUUCGAGGUUUUUGACACGGACACCAGGUCGUGGGCCAAGUUCCCCAACAUUCCCAACAAAAGGGCCUUCUCCAGCUUCGUGCCCACCGAGGACAAGCUCUUCAGCCUGGGGGGGCUGCGCCAGGGCCGGCUCUACCGGCAGCCCAAGUUCAUGAGGACCGUGGACGUGUUCGACCUGGAGCAAGGUGGGUGGAUGAAGAUGGAGCGCUCCUGUUUCCUGAAGAAAAGGCGAGCAGACUUCGUGGCCGGCUACCUGCAAGGCAGAGUUGUUGUGGCCGGGGGCCUGGGGAAUCAGCCGACGGUGCUGGAGUCGGCAGAGGCUUUCCACCCGGAGAAGAACAAGUGGGAGAGCCUCCCCCCCAUGCCCACCCCGCGCUGCGCCUGCUCCAGCAUCGCUCUGCGGGACUGCCUGCUGGCUGUGGGCGGCGUGAGCCAGGGGCUCAGCACGGCCGUGGAGGCCCUGUGCCUCUCUGAUUCCUGACUGGAGCAGGAUUCCACCUGGAACAGGUCCCUGUGCCCCUCCGAGUCCUGACCAGAGGAUUCCACCUGGAGCAGGUCCCUGUGCCCCUCUGAGUCCUGACCGGAGCAGGUUUCCACCUGGAACAGGUCCCUGUGCCUCUCUGAUUCCUGACCGGAGCAGGUUUCCACCUGGAACAGGUCCCUGUGCCCCUCUGAUUCCUGACUGGAGCUCUUUGGAAGAGGACCCCACCUGGAAGAGGCGCCUGCCCCUGGCUGUCCCCAGCAGUGGCGCUGGGGACGGUGCUGGCAGCUCCCAGCACCAUCAGACUGCUGCAGGAGCCUGGAAGCUCCUCUGGAACCACAUCCAGGGAUUCUGUGCCUCCCUCCCUGGCACUGCUGUUGCACCCCCGUGAGGCACCCCCACACUGGCCAGGGGUCCCCUCCAGUCGCUGUCACAGCUCCGUGGGGACACCCAGCUGGAGGAGCCGCUCUCCACAUCUCCUGCCUGUGGGGAGGACUCCAGAGAUCCCGGCGUGGGAAUUGUGUCCCUGCAGCCAUCCCGGCCACAGGUGACAGCGUGGGAGGUGUUGGGACUCUCCAGAGGGUCAGUGGUGGCUCAGGGGGGGACAGUGGUGGUGUCCUCUUCGAUCCUGGGAUCUGUGAGUGCUUCCCUACAGGUCCCCUUCUCCCAAGGGAUACUCCAGACCUGCAGCCGGAUCGGGGCAUCGUUCUUCGCCUUCACCGCGAGGCUUUUCCUGCAAUCCCGUGGCAUUUCCCUGGCACUCCGGCAGAACCGGGGGCUGCCGAGGCUUCCGGAGGAUGAAUUCCCAGGGGACAGCUUUGGCUCCUCACCACUGGCACAGGACUGGCACAGGACCGGCACAGCUGCUGCCUUUGCUGGGUGUCAGGAGGAGACGGCCUCAACCUGCAAUUUUCAGGUGUUUUUUGGCUGCUUUGGAGAUUUGGGAUCUCCCCUGGGAGAAAGGAGCAAA